ACCACCCUGUCACCCGCCCUCUUGCUGAAGAUGAUUUCUAAUUCGGCGAUGCGAGGAAUGCUUUAUUAGGUCUGAUGUCAGGAUACUAUGACUAGUGGACUAAAGUGUACAUAACGGCCCGGAGUAUCGAUAUGAACUUCCCAUAUUAAUCGUACAGGAUCACAAAUCGACCUUAUUCGAGCAUAAGAAAACAUCGCCAAAACCCCAUACGCGCAUACACGCAAAAACACAAGACACACACACACACACACACACACGGAUCUAGAAACAGAGACAACCAUGGUCUAUCGCAUCCGCGUCGCCAUCAUCGGCCUUUCCUCCAGCGCAAAGACGGCCUGGGCCUCGCGCGCCCACCUGCCCUACUUGUUCUCGUCCCGGGGGCGGUCCAAGUACGAGGUGGUGGCGCUGCUCAACUCGACGGCCGAGGCGGCGCGCGCGGCCGCGGCGGCGUACGGGCUGCCGCUCGAGACGACGCGCACGUACGGCGACCCUGCCGAGCUGGCGGCCGACGACGGCGUCGACCUGGUCGUGUGCACGACCCGCGUCGACAAGCACUACGCCACCGUCCUCGACAGCGUGCGCCGCGGCAAGGACGUCUUCGUCGAGUGGCCGCUGGCGCAGGACGGGCGGCUCGCGCGCGAGCUGGCCGACGAGGCCGCCAAGGCGGGUGUUAGGACCAUCGUCGGGCUACAGGGCGGCAAGGCCCCCGUCGUAGCCAAACUGCGGGAAGUCCUGGAGAGUGGGAGGAUCGGCAAGGUGCUGAGCUCCGAGCUCAGGGUGUUUGGCGGCUUGAACGACAGGCACGGGGUCCCCCAGAGCCUCUCGUACUUUACCCAGCGGGAGGUCGGGGGGAAUGUCUAUACGAUUGGGUUCGCGCAUAUUUUUGAAAUGGUUUUGGCCGUCCUUGGCGAGCUCGCCUCGGCUAAGGGCGACUUCCACCUGCAGCGGCCCGAGGUUAAGCUCCUUGACGGAGCUGGCAAUGCCGUGGGGACCGCCCAGUCCACCGUGCCCGACCUGAUUCUGGUCUCCGGAAAGUGGAACGAGUCCCACAUUACCCAACCCAACGCCACGCUGCACUACCGCUUCCGCCGCGGCCAGCCGUUCCCCGGGGACCCCGUGCUGUCGUGGACCAUUGCCGGUGAGAAGGGAGAGAUCAAAGUGACCUCCCCGAAGCAUACGUUCAUCCACGCUGGCGAAGAGUCCGUGCCCUCCUUCUUUGAGGUCCACGACUAUGAGACGAACACCGUGGACAAGGUCGAGUGGCAGUGGGCCGAUUGGCAGCAGGAGCUACCGUUCCAGGCAAGGGGCAUCGGCGCGUUGUACGAAGCCUUCGCAGAGGUCAAGGCCGGUGGGGCCCAGGAAAGCUACGCGACGUUCGACAUUGCCGCGAGGCGACAUGAGCUACUAGACAGCCUGCUGUCGGAGUGGAAGGCUUAGUUAGGUUCGAGUUGGUUCGAUCGCGUGCGGGUCGGUCGAUCCCCUUUCGUUUGGACUUCAUAGCAACCGGGAU